AUGGUUGAAAAGAACCGGCUCCUUGAAGCGGAUAAUGCCGGCCUCAAUGAGGAAAAUGUUUGUUUCAUUUCAAGGCUCGGUGAACUCGAGGCCACUAUUUCUCAACUUCGAAGUGAACUUGAUUCGGUCAAGGCCGAUAUCGUGAAGAUGACAGAAAGGUAUCAGCAGCUUGAAUCCGAGAAUGCUAAAGACAAGGAGAAGUUGAGAGUAGUUGAACAGAAAAUCGAGGCUCGAGCUCGGAUUAGUGACGAGCUCAAGAGCAAGUUCGAGGAGGCAGCCGAGGCCAAUGAUGUGCUUCAGGCCGAGCUUGAGUCGGCUAACCAAAUUCAAAGAGUUCUUCUCGAAGAGAGGUCCAAACUAGAGGCUAAAUUAGAAAAAAUCGAGGCCGACUUAGAAGAGUCUCUUAAGGACAUAGAGGCCGCCGAGGCUCGUACUACGAUUUUGGUCGAGUCUGAGCGGUGGAAAUCCCGGAGGGUUACUGUUAUAUCCCGUAUUUCGCACGUUGGGAUAAUUCGGGUCAAUUACGAUAAGUUGGGGACUAGACCAUUCCGAGAUGCGAAGUAG